AUGACUCACAGUGGAAACCGUUCAACCAGGACGUUCAAGCCCAAGAAGAAUAUCCCGGAGGGUUCUCAUCAGUACGAGCUGUUGAAACAUGCUGAGGCUACGCUGGGGAGUGGAAACCUGCGCAUGGCGGUCAUGUUGCCCGAGGGGGAAGACUUGAAUGAAUGGGUGGCUGUCAACAGUAAGCUCCAAUCUUCCCUUUUUUUCUGCCUCACGCACUAUUAUACACCCUUCGAGGUUCAGAUUCCUGGUGGACGAGCCUCACCUUAACAUGCCUUCUGACAUUUAAAUCUCUGACUUUGUCUCUUCCAUUUGCAUGCUUCUCAGUAGUCCUUAAAUCUCAAUUAGACUGCACAUCAAGAAUCAGGGGGGUAAGAUCCUGGCGCCCCCUCUAAAGGCUGCUUGAAUAACUGCUGGAAAAAGCCCUGUGAAUGUUAAACAGACCUGAUUGUCUGUGCUGCUGGAGCCUUGUUUGCUUUCCUCUACAGUGAGAUAGAUGGACAACCAGAACAAAAAAAAAAAAAAAAAAAACUUGAUUUCCCCUCAAGUCAGAGUCUCUUUGGGGUUUGAGGUGACUUGGACACUCAAGCAAGAAUGAAGUGAGAGUAGUUUUAGCAGAUUUCAUCAUAAACUGAUAAAAUUUGAAAUGAGAUUUGACUUUGAAUUAAUUGUGCCGAUAAGUUUUCUUUGUUUCUUGAUUGUGAUGGCAUCAUCAGAGGACAUUUUUUUUUCUUCUUUAGUGAUCAGAUGUUGUGAGGUAUAUGUUGUAUAUGACUGACUCGCAACUUACCAGUUAUUGCAGCCUUGUUGUGUCCCAAUAUCAUCUCUAUCCAGGGCCAGAGGUGGGAAUCUCAGAGUGAUUUCCCAUCCAGUACGAUAUGAUACGAUCAUGGAUGCAAAAGCAGAUUUUUCUUGUGAUUAAUCUCAGACUCAUCAACAAUCCAUAAUUGAUUACUUGGCAAAAACACCUCUGAUUUUUCCUGUGACUUAAAAAAUACAAAUAGCAUGUUUUUCCUCUAACCAUAUACUGAAUUUAACUGACAGUAUUGUAUAGCUACAGAACACAAAGAGGCCUUAACGCUGAUUUAAACAAACAUUAAAUUAUUAUUAGCUCUCCCUAGUGGUUAGCUCUAUAAAAUUUUGCCACAAGGGACUUUUGGCUUUCUGUCCAGCCAUCUGUAAUUAUUGAAUUAGAACAAAUACAAGGUAAACACUUAUUAUUCCGUUCACAUAUAACCCUAAUAAACCGGUUUAUCCUGGCUGGUACUUUUUAAUAAAUCAUGAAAUAAAGUUGUGUAGAUAUCAGGAUGCUGUCAAUAAUAAUGUAAUAUUAAAGUGCAUUAUGCAAUACAUCAAAAUAGAAUUGAUGUCAGUAUAUUCAGUCAUUUAGGAGGAUAGAAAAAUAUGUUAUUGUUUUGAAAAAGUGAUGCUGUUGAUUUCAAAAUGCCACCAAUCAGCCUGAUUAAUCAGCUGACUGAUGAGUCUGUAAUCUGUAAUAACAACAGAUGUUAUUUACUCUGUAAAUUCACACAUGUUUUAGCUGUUAAAAACCCCGUAAAGCCCCGCAGAGAUGACUCGGCUCCGUCGUCAUGCAGGAUAAAAAGGUUUGUGGAAGUAGAGGGAUGUUAGUCAGUGCCGCACCAGCUGUUUUGACUAACACAAUAAAAGGGAAGUUGGAGUAACUUCUCCCCUCCGCACACACGGUUUUUAUGACAUUCCCCAUGAUCUCUGCUCAUGAGGGCCACUUCCCCUCAGUUUUUAAGAUUCUAUUGUUGGCAUGUUUGAUUGUAACGGGUAAUGACAGGAGAGGCAGUUUGGACGUGCUGCAGAGGUCCUCUGCCAGAGUCCAGUUGGGGAAGGUUAAACAGAGAACCUUCAAACCAGCAGACUGACUGAGAGAGAUUUACUUACUCUGACUGAACAGUUUUGGCAUUUGAUCUGUUUCACCUGAGCUCCUCUGCUGAUCCUCUAAAGAUGGACGAAGCAGACUUUUUUUUUUAGGUAUUCAGACAUUUUCAUUUGCAGACUCUCUGGGUAAUGUCCUGACAAAUUCAGGGUUGCAUCAAGUCUGAGUAUGGGGCUCAUCUCUGAGUUAGACAUGAAACACAGUUGUAAUUUCACCCCUUUCAGAAAGAUGGUAAAGAGGUGAGGCUGGGUGAGAAAAUAACAAUAGAUUCCUGAAUCAUGUUUCUGAGUGUAAAAUUGCAAAGAAUUUGAACAUUUGUAUCAUCAACACUACAAAACAUCAUUAAAAGACUCAGAAAAUCUAGAAGGGAAGACUGAUACCAGACGUACUGGACCAAAAUUUGACAGUCUGUUUGGGAGUCAUGGACAGCUUAUCCUCAGCUCCAACCGGAACCAGAAGUAUGAUCCAGGAUUACCCGUCGUAUUAAGAUGGACUAGAGCAGUGGUUCUCAAGUCCAGUCCUCAAGGCCCACUGUCCUGCAUGUUUUGGAUGUUUCCCUGCUCCAACACACCUGAUUCAAAUGAUCAGCUCGUUAUCAAGCUCUGUAAUGGCUUAAUAACGAGCUGAUCAUUUGAAUCAGGUGUGUUGGAGCAGAUGUUUCCCUGCUCCAACACACCUGAUUCAAAUGAUCAGGAUGAAACAUGCAGGACAGGGGGCCUUGAGGACUGGACUUGAGAACCACUGGACCACAGAUUUGGACUCAAUUUCAAAUCUGACAUUUUUUGGGACAUCGUGGACACCGAAUCCUUCGCUCUAAAGAAAGGAGGGACUACCUGGCUUGUUAUCAGCGCAUAAAAAUGUCCAGUUUCAACAGCCGAUAUGUUGUUUUUGCUGUAUUUUCAGUGAAAUUAAGUGUUAAAUAAUUUGCAUACAGUCAAAUUCUGUUCUUAACAUUUUAUCACAGCAUCUCAACUAUUUGUAUAUAAUUUGUAUAUAAAAAGCCUUGAGAUGUACAUUUAGCAUAAUUUGGCUUAAUUUCCAGUUUCUGAUCAGGACAGAAUUAUUCCAGACUUUUCAAACCUCACCAAGCAAAGAUGCAAAGAGAAGUUGGAGUCUCUAAACGGGGGACAUCUGCCACAUCAGCUGUUCAAUGUGGAUUUUUUUUAUUUUUUAUUUCUGUGACAUUAGCAAAUGAAACACCCACAGUAAACCCUGCCAACACCGUAACUGGAUCUGUCAAACACAUGGAAGGCAAAACUUGGCUGUACGCCUGCGGGAAUGAGUGAUAACACAAUUUGCAGAUAACUGGAGUGUGCCCUGCUCUACAGUGGGGAGUGGGCAGUGAAGAGGGCCGGGUGUGGGGGCUUUGUGGAAACAUGAAGCCAGCUAUUUCUGCUGCUCUCCUGGUAUUAAGCCUCAUCUUCUCUAGGUUUUAAAGUUGUUUGUUUGCUUUUUCUCUCUCUCCCUCAGCUGUGGAUUUCUUCAACCAGAUCAACAUGCUGUACGGCACCAUCACAGAUUUUUGCACAGAGGAGAGCUGUCCGGUCAUGUCUGCUGGUCCUAAGUAAGUUAGUCGCUGUAGUUUGAAGUCUUGAUCUGUCAUACCUCUCAAGGGUGUGAGGCCUGGGUGUUGCCAAUGGGCCAAAAUAACUGCAGUUGACCCCUCUGGUCAGUCGUCUCACCCCAGCAGCUUCUCAUUGGGCGCUGGACUUGAGAUGAUCCCGUACUUAAACUUACUUGUGAGAUUGUUUUGUUGUAUAUUUAGAAGCGAUUUCCUGUUUUUGUAAUAAUCAGCUCUAUUUUGGGAUCAUUUAGGGUCUAAAAGCACAAAAGGAUCGCUUCAGCUGCUGCAACUUAAUCCUUUCUUGGCGAACGCCCCAGAUCAAAGUACGCCUGUUCUAAAGUGCUUCUUAAAAGGCUCUAAUUGUAAUCCAAACUAUACGAUAGAAUUACAGAAUAGAUAGCUGUUAUUUAGCCCUAAUCAUCUGUUGUUUAAUUACCUGUCCCUGCUGAUGUAAACAGUCAUUGUAUGCAGAAGAGGGGAGGAUACACUUAACCGCCAACAUCACACAACAAAACAACCACGAGCAUGUGUAUAAGGCAGCAUUUAAGGUCAUUGGAAGUGGUUUUCCUCCUACUAGGCAAGAUCACCAUGUUAACUUUUGCUGACCACCCAACGUGACCCAUCAGUUAUCUUGAUUAUGAAGUUCAGUGAGCUUACAGAAGUGAUUAAUUAUGCUUUUCUGACACUAUCCUUAAACAGAGGCUUAAAUAGAUUAUCACCAAAGACUUAAUCAGAUGCCAAAAUGCACACACACUUACCAUAUACAGUGCUCAGCAUGAAUGAGUACACCCCUUCAGACUUGUCAGAAAACCUUUAGUUUCCUUUCAAAAUCAACAUUUUCUAUGUCAGACUAUACAACAAAAUACUCCCCCAAAUAUAGCCCAUUAAGUGCAAACAAGGUUUUCUAAGUUGCAUAAACAAAAGAAUUUUUUUCAAUUCAAAUUUAGGAUGCGAAAACGAGUACACCCCAAUCAAAGUUCUGGGAGCAAAGCUAAAUUUUUUGUUACCAUAUCACCCUUAUUUUCAUCUCAUGGUAAAUAAAAAUGCAUUACUUUUAAUAGGAGGUGUACUAAGCUGGGCUCUGUAUCAUGUUUUCAUAAUUUCGUUUUUUCGUCUUUCGUCUUCGCAGCCUUGUCUGACACCAUGGAUCGCUGCAGAUAAAACAUUAUGUCCAAAAAAAAUCAUACAUGCUAGAAUAAAACAGUGAAUAAAAAGGACACAAGUCUGAAUUUGCACAUUCAUCCUUCAUUCAUUCAGCAAAUGCAGCUGUGUUUAUUUUGGUCUCAAUUAUGUCUUUAAAUUCUUCCUGUUUUCUCAGACCAAAGCUUCCUCUAAGUUUGUAAAAUAAGAUGAACUUGUCAUGUAUUUCUGUCACCAUUAGCCUGUGUUGUAUCUAAGGCUGGGUGAUGUGGCCUCAACUCAAUAUCACGAUAUAUUGAGCAGUUCACCUCAAUAACGAUAAAUGGAGGAUAACUACUCCACAAGCUGCUCACCCCCUCUCACAUUAACUUUGUCUACUUCGGCCGCCGCUCCAACUUUUGUACCGUCCUCCAUCUCCUCACCUGUCUUUCCCUCUUUUUUACGGACUGGAUGGGGUGGAGUCAUGUUUUUGACGUAGGACAUUGUCUUAAAUGGACAUGAAACCAUAGCCUACCUACACACAUCCAAAACCAACUUUUAUUUAUCCAUUUUUUUUACACCAAAUAUAUUGACAUGGGCAAAUGACGUUGGUUAUUGUAGUAAAUUUUGGCAUUGGUAAAUUUUCAGUUUAUUGCCCAGCCCUAGUUGAAUAAAGCCCUACACUGAAUGCAUAUGCCUGAACCUCCUCUAAAAUGUAACCACACUUUGAAACUCUGCCUGUAUCAUGUAUUUUUUUUGCAUUUACACCAGUCCUGGUAUCACAUACAGUCUUCUCAGAUAUCCCCUCUCUUUUCUACUUUGCAACACUUUUUGAUGGACUGCUGCUGAGCAUUCAUUACUAAUAUAUCACUCUCAGAUUCAGUCGCCAUGGUUUCCUGUGCACACAAACCAGCAGAGAACUCAGUGAAAUGAUAAACAGGUGAUUCAGAGAGGAUAGAAAUUUCACUGCAAACUGGUGUUCAGGCAAAGGAUUGAAGAUGAUACAGGUAUGACACAGGCCUUUUCAACGUAGUCUAGUGCUGUUUUUUUUUUUUAAGGGUGAGCUGUGUGUCUUGUUAAAAAUAAAGAUCAAACCUGAUCAAAAAUGGCUUCUGCUCUUGAAGCAGACAGACUUUGAUCCUGCGCAGCUGCCUGCAGGAAUCGUCUCGUUUGUGCGUGAAACUGGAAAAAAUCCAAAAUGUUGAAGUCCCUUGAAGUUAGUCAGUAAAUAGACCUCAGGUUUAAAGAUGCAGGGAUUCCCCCUCACAGGAGUAGAUUAGCAGGAAAUAGACUGGAUCCAUUCAUAAUUUCAGGAGCUGAUGUUUAUUAUUUGUGUUUUCUGUAGGUACGAGUACCAUUGGGCCGAUGGGACCAACAUCAAGAAGCCCAUCAAAUGCUCGGCUCCCAAGUAUAUUGAUUACCUCAUGACCUGGGUGCAGGACCAGCUGGAUGAUGAGACACUUUUCCCUUCAAAGAUUGGUAAGUGUGGUUUGCUUUUCACGCUACAAUUUAAAUUUUAUCAUCAGCAAAAAAGCAGAAACUUCUUACACUUGCUAGAGGACCAAGUAAGUCUGCGAUAUCACUAACGAUAAACGUCCUUUGUCCUUUCUGCCCCGUUCAACUGCAAUGCAAAGUGAACUGAGGAUAAAAGUGAAUGAAAUGUAAAUCAUCAUGUCAAUAAACCCUCAGAGGUUUCAUCUCAUCAUGUUACCGAGGCAGAACGCUAAAUCCAUAACAAGUGGAUGUGUUAUUCCUGAAUCCUUCAGGGGUGAUCAUCUGAGCUGUCAGCAGCACAGCACAUGGAAAAAAAAGCCUCUUUUUUUCUGUUUUCAUAACCAGUUAUCACUUAUUUUACAACCCCCUCAAAAUGAUAAUAUUCUGAAUCAUCCCUAGUUAACACUGCCGAGGGUUAUUAAAAUGAGUUUGCAUAGCAGCGCGGGGCUCAACCUCCAGACCAGCGGAGGCAUGUGCUGUCACGGGUGGAGCCUUAAUAGAGCUGGAAGGCAGCCAGCUCAAAUACUUGUCUCAUUUAGGCCUCGGUGCAUCUCCACAGAGGGGAGAGGGGGCUAAUGGCUGAAGAUGCUCCUCAGCAAGGACAAAACUUCUAUUAGCAUUAUUUUUCCAUGAUUAAUGAACCUGUGAGGGGUGUAUUUUUAUGGCAUCUGAGCCGAAACAUAGUCUCACUUCGAUGUCAUUAAAAGCAAUCACAUAAUCCUCGGGGUGUCUUUGGAUACUUGUGACCUCAUCAGGAUUAAUUGUAGCUGUAGGGGCCUGCAGUUCUGAAGAGCUGGGAUCGGAUUAAAGCUUGGAAAAAAGACAGAGACGAGGUUUGUCGUGUUAAAAGGUUUGAGCGGGAUCAGGUUAACUUUGACGCAUUUAUUACAAAAGGUGAUGAUGAUGCGUGAGGUUUUUUUAUUUUGCUCUUGAGAUACUGAACUGCUGCCAUGACUUUGCAAAUAAGAGAGAUUUUAUCUUUGAGUUUCACAUAUGUUACUCAUAAUCCAGAUUUGGUAAUCCUCAGAAGUUCUCUGGAUUCAGUUGAUCCAGUCCUUUUUCUGGGGGUUUUCAAACUCAGGACAGAAAUAAAAAGGAUAAACUGAUCCUGAUUAGAAAAAGUGUACACCCAAAUCCAGAUCUAUUUAAAUCCAGAUUAAAUUAAGUGAUUCAUGAAAAUCCUGAGAGAUCUCUGUAAAACCAGUGUAGGAUAGGCUGCAGGGGAUUAUAAUCAAUUAUGACUCUGGAGUGGAAAUCAUCGCACAGGCUUAUAAGACCCUAGUGCCAUUGUGAGAGACACCUGACUGAGACAAUAAUAAAAGACUUCAUGAGGAAUAAAAUGUGUUAGAAAUAGUGGUGGGUGAUAUGGCCUCAAAUCAAUAUCACGAUAUAUUGAGCAGUUCACCUCCAUAACGAUAAAUGGACGAUAACUACUCCAUAAACUGCUCACCCCCCUCCCACAUUAACUUUGUCUACUUCAGCCGCCGCUCCAGCCGCUACAACUUUUGAACCGUCCUCCAUCUCCUCACCUGUCUUUCCCUCUGUGUUACGGACUGAAUGGGGUGGACUCACAUUUCCGGCAUAGGACAGUGUCUUAAAGGGACAUCAGCCCACCCAAACACACACAUUUAUUAAUUUAUUUAUUUGACACUGAACUUUGGUGUUUGUAAAUUUUGGGUUUAUCACCCAGCCCUAGUUAGAGGCCAUUUAUCAUCACGCUAAAGCAGUAUGCUUAAUUAAAGGAAUUGUCAACCCUGGCUGCUGAUUGGUCGAGAGGUAUAGCAUGCUGCUGCAAAAGUGUCUGCAGGAUUGUUUCAUUUGAAGCUGUCCAGUUAUAGUAGCAGGCCGGUCUUUGUGCUUUCGGCUACAUGUUUAUUCACUUUAAGGAGAAUGUCUUUAACUUUUAGGGAUCUCAGUAAAUAAAAGAGUCACACAAACAAAGUGGAAUCAGGACAGUAAAAUCAAUAAGGUAUGUACAGGUACAAAGCAAAGUUACAACCAAUAAAGUUAGAAAGAUCCUACAAAUACUAGAGUGAAUGCAUGAAUGAAUUAAGGAUGUCUGAACAAUGGCUGAAAAGAAAAGUACCCAGAGAGCUUUGUGUCUCAAUAUCCAGAGACAGAGUUUCACAGUAUUGGUGCAUAAAAUCAGAAAGCUCUCUGGCCGGUGUUUGUGUGAGACACAGGGGAAAUUUAAAAGGACCUAAGAGACCUGAGUGGAACAUAAAAAUGAAAGUAGAUAUGUAAUAUGUGCAGAGAAAGCAGGUGUAGAGCUUUAUAAAUAAGUAAACACACUUUUAAAUCUGUUCUUAAAGAAACAGAGAGCUGAGAAGUGGUGUCACACGAUCUGACUUCAGCUCAUUUGUUUUUAUUUCAGUCUGGACAGUCAGUGUCGUGUUUUCUCUCUUGGAAAGUAAUUCAAUAACACGAUACUUAAUAAGACAUGCCUUUAAUGUUUUUCUCAGUGACGUUAAGUGAUAAAAAUGACUUUGAAUUCAAUUAUCAAUCAUGCUGCAUUAAAUCCAAUCAGAGAUGAACUCUCUUAGUUGCUCACCAGCUCUUGUUUGUACAUAAGGUACCGAACUGUGCUGUAGCUUUCUGUCAAAGUGUAGAAAACGCCGUCAACAAGGUUUCUGUUCUCUUUCAUUUUUCUGUGACUCACGAGAAAACUGCACCAUCAUAUCUCAAGUAUGUGGAGAGCUAGCAGAGCUGUUGUUCCAGCCUCAGACCCUCCUAACUACAGAUGAACACAGUGUUACCAUGGGGUUGUUUCUGAGCCACACAGUCAAGGGUUGUUUGCACUUCCCUGAAAUCGUGCCGUGGCCUGCCUGCUGAAACAUUUGAAACCCCGGGAACAUGCCGUAGCCGCAGCUGCCUUCAUUUGCUCUGAGAUUUUGCGGCUUCGUGAGAUGAAAAGUGUUAAUACGGAGUGAGAGAGGAAAGUCAUGCACAGCUAAAGUGAUAUGACGAGGGAUUUUUUGUGUGUUUUGGCUGUAAGAGCAGAAACACUCAAAUCUUCAGAACACAAAAGGACUCCUGAAAGAUUUCAAUGUCAGAAAACUUGACCAAUGUCAGAAUAAAACAGCUCUGCUAACACUCGGGCUCCUGUAUUAACAUUUACAGCAUUCAUAAAUCUUAAACCAGUCUUCUGUACGUCUUGACAUGCUAAUAAAAUGAAGAUUUUAGCAUCGACCCAUGCAAAUAUUGAAGUUUAUCAACAUGAACAUCAUAAACAACCAGCAGGUGCACUCCCUACAGCUCCAAACAAGGUUGAUAGUAAACAUGGAGGAGACCCUCGGGAGGUACAAUCUAAUACACAAGCAACAGCUGCUGUCAAUGUGUCCUUGUCAGAAGUCUUUGUUGCCGCCAUCAAGGUCCCAGCUUGGCAGCAGCUACCCAUACUCAUACUGGUAAUGCCAACACAGCUCAAUAGAAGUGUCACAGCGUACAAAUGAAACAAACGGCUGCACACUGUGAUAACAUGACAGACACAUGUAGUUCAAGAGCCGCCAAUCGAUUAUCGCAGCUCUUUACCAUCUCGGACAGACUCCAGCUUUAUCAGCACAGUAUGCAAGUGUCUGUCGUGGUUAUUUUUGCUCCACUCUUGUGCAAGAAGAAGAGGAGUCAGAGCUCCUUCAUCAGUAUUCACAUACAUAACAGCAGCCACCUCUUUUCUGCCCUUAAAAGUUGAUUUAAAAUGUGAGUUUUCACCUGUUAUAUCUUUAUAUCGCACUAAGUUUUUUUUUUUGCACUCUUCUCCUUAAGGUGUCCCCUUUAAACGAAACUUCAUGUCAGUGGCAAAGACCAUCCUGAAGCGUCUGUUCAGGGUCUACGCUCACAUCUACCACCAGCACUUUGACUCUGUCAUGGAGCUGCAGGAGGAGGCCCACCUCAACACGUCCUUCAAACACUUCAUUUUCUUCGUUCAGGUAAAAAGAAACUCAGAUAAUGAAGGAUUACAGCCAGUCUGAGAAACUUAAAGGAGGUUUUAUGUUUCUCCUCCACUUAAUAUUAAAUAUUUAAGUCCUGGCGCUCAGUGUUAAAUAGGAUAAACCAGGGGAGAGAUUAUUUGUGAUGUGUUUUGAAAUUAAAACACAGAUGUCUGAAGUUUUUUUCCUCCUCUUGUAAACAAGUCUUCCCCUAUUUUUCUUUUUCUAAAAUCUAAAUUCGAAACUUUUACCAUGUAUAUUUUAAGGUUGAAGGGAAAUUUUAAGUAUGUCUACAUAAAGAAGGGUCUCUUUUGCCACCACCUUACAUCACAAUGGCCCCAAGUAGUAACAUAUUUGGGAGAGGUUGUUUAUCUUUUGCUCUUGAAAAUACAGAUUUGCUACCCUGACUUUCAGGCAGAACGAAGGAUUUUCCCCCACAAAAUAUUUCCACAAAAAGCUGUUCAUAUCAAACAUGAAAUGCUUCUUUCUGAGGGUUUUCUUGUUAAGUGGAUUUGCCGCCCCCUGUGGACCAAGUGGGUUGCAUGUUAUGUCAUUUAGAUCACCGAUUUGGUAAUCCUCAAAUGUCUGUUUCUAGGUCGGGCUGAUCCAAUCCUUACUCUCUUUUUUUUUACCUCCAAAGUCCAGGACAGAAAUAAAAAUGAAAAAGCUGACCCUGAUUUGAUCCGGAUCAAAUUAAAAGAUUAUUUUGUGGAGCCAAAGAAUCCGGAGAAAAAGGACCAAGACUGACAAACCAAUAUUGAACAAUACUGAACAAAGAUGACUCUCGAGCACACACCUGAUUCAAAUUAUCAGCUCGUUAUCAAGCUCUGUAAUGGCUUAACGAGCUGAUCAUUUGAAUCAGGUGUGUUGGAGCAGGGAAACAUCCAAAACGUGCAGGACAGGGGGACUCAAGGACUGGACUUGAGAACCACUGCUCUAGAGUGUUAGUCACUGCAUGGACUUAAAAUUGCUUCAUAAUGCGAUACCUGAGCAUGUGUGUGUGAUAGACUUCAGUUUGUAACCUGUUCGUGUUUUGAGAGUGGUUGGAAAAAUAAGACGUUAAAAAAAACCUCUACUGGUUGACAUUUUUGAUGGUAAAAAUGACUUGUCAUGCAUUUUUGGAGCUUUUUGUCCAUAAAGGCCACCAUAUUUUCACUGUCAGGAGGAGGUGAACUAAGGAGCAUUUCAGACUAGAACUUUACAGCUAGAUAUUCUAAAAUAUUCCUUUUUCUGCACUUUGUUCCUUCAGACUUAAUACAGAGAAGGACAGUUAGACUUAUCCUACACCUUAAUCUUUUAUUGAAACGACAUUGUAGCACAAACAAAAAUGUAGCAAACUCAUUCAUAAUUGAUAAUAUUUCUUCUCUGUCUGUCUUUUUCAGGAAUUCAACCUCAUCGACAGGAAAGAGCUGGUCCCGCUUCAGGAGCUGAUUGAAAAACUGACAACCAAGGACAGAUAA